AUGAAAUUCUACAUUGAUGAUUUACCCGUAAUCUUUCCCUAUCCGAAGAUUUAUCCGGAACAGUACCAGUAUAUGUGCGAUAUCAAGAAAACCUUGGAUGUGGGAGGAAACAGUAUAUUGGAAAUGCCUUCCGGAACGGGUAAAACCGUUUCUUUGCUUUCGUUAACAGUUGCAUACCAGAUGCACUACCCGGAGCAUCGGAAGGUAAUCUAUUGUUCGCGUACCAUGUCAGAAAUCGAAAAGGCCCUAGUGGAACUGGAGUCAUUAAUGGACUAUAGAACUAAAGAACUCGGUUUCAAGGAGUCGUUCAGAGGUCUUGGACUUACCAGUAGAAAGAAUCUCUGUUUACAUCCUAAAGUGCGCAGAGAAAGGAAAGGCAAUGUGGUUGACGAAAAGUGUCGACGAAUGACUAGUGGACAGGCUAAAAGACAAUUGGAACAAGAUCCAAACGCAAAUGUCGAGCUUUGUGACUUUCACGAAAACCUGUACGCAAUGGAACCCGAAAACUACGUGCCAAAUGGUGUGUUUUCGUUCGAAAAACUCAUUAAGUAUUGUGAAGAAAGGACCAUGUGUCCCUACUUCACCGUCCGUCGAAUGAUCUCUAUGUGCAAUAUCAUGAUUUACUCUUACCAUUAUCUGUUGGACCCAAAAAUCGCAGAGCGAGUUUCUCGAGAGGUAUCCCGGGAUGCCAUUGUCAUUUUUGAUGAAGCCCACAAUAUUGAUAACGUUUGCAUUGAAUCUUUGUCUUUAGAUCUUACGAAUGACGUUUUAAAGCGUUCCGCGAAAGGUGCUAAUGCGCUUGCCCAGAAAAUCGAAGAAGUUAAACAAGUUGAUUCUCAAAAACUUCAAGAUGAAUAUGAAAAGCUUGUCAACGGGCUGCGAGCCUCCGAUUUCUUGGAGGAAGGAGAAGAACCGCUUGUGGAAUCACCUAUACUUUCCAAAGAUCUUUUGACAGAAGCUAUUCCUGGUAACAUACGUCGUGCCGAACACUUCGUAUCCUUUUUAAAGAGAUUUAUUGAAUACUUGAAGACAAGAAUGAAGGUGUUGCAUGUUAUAUCCGAAACUCCAAACUCGUUCCUCCAGCAUUUGAAGCAGCUAACCUUCAUAGAGAAAAAACCCCUGAGAUCGUGCUCAGAGCGACUUUCCAUUUUAGUCAGGACGUUAGAGGUGGCAGAGAUUGAGGAUUUUAAUGCUUUGAAAGACAUUGCAACAUUUGCUACUUUAAUUUCCACUUAUGAAGAAGGAUUUAUGCUGAUAAUCGAACCUUACGAAAUUGAGAAUGCUGCUGUUCCGAAUCCCAUCAUGAGGUUUACAUGCCUUGAUGCAUCCAUUGCUAUCAAACCCGUUUUUGAAAAGUUUUCAUCUGUUCUUAUAACCUCAGGGACCAUCUCGCCUCUCGACAUGUAUCCUAAGAUGCUUGACUUCGAAACGGUUCUUCAGGAGUCCUAUUCAAUGACGUUGGCAAAAAAGUCUUUCCUUCCUAUGAUCGUUACUAAAGGCUCGGACCAAGUUGCAAUCUCAUCCCGGUUUGAAAUCAGGAAUGACCCCAGUAUUGUGCGUAACUAUGGCUCGAUGCUGGUAGAAUUCGCCAAAAUUACUCCAGACGGUAUGGUUGUGUUCUUUCCAUCGUAUUUGUAUAUGGAGAGUAUUAUCUCAAUGUGGCAAACGAUGGGCAUUUUAGAUGAAGUAUGGAAAUACAAACUAAUCUUGGUAGAGACGCCCGAUGCUCAGGAAACGUCGCUGGCUUUAGAGACUUACAGGAAGGCGUGCUCGAAUGGUAGGGGCGCGAUUUUACUUUCUGUUGCUCGUGGUAAAGUUUCUGAAGGUAUUGAUUUUGACCAUCAUUAUGGUCGGACUGUACUGAUGAUAGGUAUUCCAUUUCAGUACACGGAGUCCCGUAUCUUGAAGGCUAGACUUGAGUUCUUGAGAGAGCAUUAUCAAAUAAGAGAAAACGAUUUCCUGUCGUUUGAUGCCAUGCGACAUGCGGCGCAGUGUCUUGGAAGGGUGCUAAGAGGCAAAGAUGACUACGGAGUCAUGAUCUUGGCAGACCGCAGAUUUUCCCGGAAAAAGAAUCAACUGCCGAAAUGGAUUGCUCAAGGCUUGUCAGAUGCAGAUCUAAAUCUUUCAACUGACAUGGCCAUAGCAAAUACGAAACAAUUUUUACGCAUGAUGGCGCAACCAACUGAUCCAAAGGACCAAGAAGGAACUUCUCUCUGGAAUUAUGAUCAAUUGAUAAAACACCAGGAAGAACAGAAAAACACGGGCUACGGCGGUCGUAAAACGCGGACCGAGGGUGAUGAAGAUCUUGAUAUGGAAUAA